AUGGGAUCUGUAACUGAAUUUUACUCAAAUCAAGUGUUUGAAUUGGAUCCUAAAUGGGUAGUUGAUCCUCAUCAUCUCUUUGUUGGUCCAAAGAUUGGUGAAGGAGCUCAUGCCAAAGUUUAUGAAGGAAAGUAUAAAAACAAAACAGUUGCUAUUAAGAUUGUUAAAAGAGGAGAAUCUCCGGAAGAGAUUGCGAAAAGAGAGAGCAGGUUUGCGAGGGAGGUUUCUAUGUUGUCUAGAGUUCAACACAAGAAUUUGGUCAAGUUCAUUGGAGCUUGCAAAGAACCAAUCAUGGUUAUAGUCACCGAGCUUUUACUCGGUGGUACAUUGCGUAAAUACCUUGUCAGUUUGCGUCCAGGGCGUUUGGAGACUCGUUUAGCUGUUGGGUUUGCUCUUGAUAUUGCUCGGGCAAUGGAAUGCUUACAUUCUCAUGGAGUCAUUCAUCGUGAUCUCAAACCAGAGAACUUGAUCUUAACUGCGGAUUACAAGACUGUUAAGCUAUCAGAUUUCGGUUUAGCUAGAGAAGAAUCACUAACCGAGAUGAUGACUGCCGAGACUGGAACAUAUCGUUGGAUGGCUCCCGAGCUUUAUAGUACGGUCACGUUGAGGCACGGUGAGAAAAAACACUAUAACCAUAAGGUCGAUGCGUACAGUUUCGCCAUCGUCUUGUGGGAGCUUAUUCACAACAAGUUACCUUUCGAAGGCAUGUCGAAUCUCCAAGCUGCUUACGCCGCUGCAUUCAAGAAUGUGAGGCCAAGCGCAGACGAUCUACCGGGGGAUUUAGCAAUGAUUGUAACAUCUUGCUGGAAAGAAGAUCCAAACGAGCGACCAAACUUCACAGAGAUUAUUCAAAUGCUUCUACGUUACCUCUCCACAGUCUCAGCUCCUGAACUUGUUGCUCCAUCGAUUAAACGUGUAUUCUCGUCGGAAAACACAGUGUUACCACCAGAAUCGCCAGGAACUUGCUCAUUGAUGGCUGUUAGAGACGGAGAUCAGAUUCCUACGGAUGCAAGCUCGCCAGAGAAAGAAGUUAGAGGAAGCUUCUUCUUCUGCUGCUAG